AUGGAGCAACGGUGGGAGGCCCAGCGGCGGUACGACGCCGGAGAGCUGCCGUGGUUCGACCCGGCCAUGAGGCUCGUGCGCGACGGGGACUGGACGUGCGCGCCCGUGCCGCCGGCCGUGGCCGACCGCACCGUGGAGAUCACGGGCCCCGCCGAGCCGCGGAAGACGGUCAUCAACGCGCUCAACUCCGACGCCAAGAUCUUCAUGGCUGACUUUGAGGACGCGCUGUCGCCGACGUGGGAGAACCUAAUGCACGGGCAGGUCAACCUGCGGGACGCCGUGGCUGGCACCAUCAGCUUCCACGACGCGGCGCGCGGGCAGGAGUACAAGCUCAACGACUGA